AUGUCCCAGACUCAGACUGUUAUCCGCAUCCACGGCCCGCGGAACUCCAUACACAACUUGAAGGCCUUCAAGGAGGAGGUUCCCAUACCCGCCAAACACGAAGUCUUGGUCAAGGUUCAUUCGGUGUCCUUGAACUACCGUGAUAUUGGGGUUGCUACUUCGGGCUACCCAUUCCCUGUCAAGGACAAUGUUGUACCUUGCUCUGACGCUGCCGGUGUAGUCGUCGCAGUCGGAGAAGGCGUAAAGAACUUGUCCAAGGGCGACCGCGUCAUCAGCACUUUUGACCCUACCAAUCUCUACGGCCAGCAGAUGGACUGGCUGAAUGGCCACGGCGGCCCAGUCGAUGGAGUUCUACGUGAAUAUUUCACAACUCCCGCUGCCGCCGCUGUGAAACUCCCCGAAUCUUCACCCCAGAGUUUUUCUGAGUGGUCUACCCUUGUCUGCUCCGGUGUGACCGUAUGGAAUGCCCUCUACGCCCUUACCCCCCUAAAGCCCGGUCAGGUCGUCCUGGCACUAGGAACCGGCGGUGUGUCUGUUACCGGUCUCCUCUUGGCAAAGGCAGCCGGCUGCAUCACUAUUAUCACAUCUUCUAGUGAUGAGAAGUUGAACGCUGUCAAGUCUAAGUUUGGUUUCGACUAUGGUGUCAACUAUAAGACGCACCCGAAGUGGUCAAAGGAAGUUCUGCGCCUUACUAAUGGCGAGGGUGUCGACUAUGUCCUGGAGAACGGCGGAUCUGGCACUAUUGCUGAGAGCAUCAACUCUAUCAAGAUGGGUGGCAAUGUAUCUGUUAUUGGUUUUCUUUCCCAGGCCAAGGAGAUGCCCGACGUUGCUAGUCUUGCUCUCAGUAAAGGUGCCGUUGUACGCGGUGUUGUUGUUGGCUCCACUCAACUUCUACAGGACCUUGUGAGAUUUGUUGCUCGUAAGGGCCUUCGCCUUCCCGUGGAGAAGGAAUUCGGCUUUUCUGCUGAGGAUGCUUCCAAGGCCUACGAAUACCUGAUGUCGGGAUCUCACGUCGGAAAAGUGUGCAUUAAGAUUUCUGACUAA